CUCAUCAUCAUUUCUGCAUCUUCUAGGGAUCACAAGAAGUGCCGACGAACUCCCCAACUUCAAUCAAAUCCAAUACCAGAAAAUCCAUUUCCCCAAUCCCUAACCCCCAAAACCACAAUUUCUCCUCCCUCCUCUUUCUAUGGCGUAAAACCCAUAUCCCCAAAUUUAGGUAAAUCACACGUAAAGGCGAUUCGGUAACAACAUCCAGAGUGUACUGCUAUGUCGACCGAGGCAGCAGCACCGUCGUCUCCGCCGCCGCGGUCAGGAUCGUCAUCCGAGGACAUCAUCGACUCCACACCUUUGCUCUCCCCCGGGUCCCCAUCCGACCCGAACAUCAACUCCUCCACCAACAGUCGAUCCAUCCGUCGCCAGUCCCUCCGCGAUGCAGCUCGGUUCCUGCGCCGGGCCAGCGGCAGGCGGAUGAUGCGUGAGCCGUCGAUGGUGGUGAGGGAGACAGCGGCCGAGCACGUGGAGGAGAGGCAGAGUGACUGGGCGUAUUCGAAGCCGGUGGUGAUUCUGGAUAUCAUUUGGAACCUCGCUUUCGUGGCUGCCGGGGUUGCGGUGCUCGUUUUGAGCACGGAGGAGCGGGCCAACAUGCCGUUGAGGUUGUGGAUUGUUGGGUAUGGGCUGCAGUGCCUGUUGCAUAUGGGUUGUGUUUGUGUGGAGUAUAGGAGAAGGAGGAGGAGGAGAGUGGGGUUUGGAACUGUGGCUGGUGGUGGAGGGAAUGAUGGGAGUUCGAGUUCUGGUUCAAGAGGUGAUUCUGGUGAUUAUGUGACGCUCGCGCAGUUGCAAGAUGAUGGAACCAGGCAAACUGAAGUAAUUAUCUUCACUUCUCUGUUUUCGGCCAGCAUCGCGAAGCACCUAGAAUCUGCAAAUACUAUGUUUUCAUUUAUCUGGUGGAUCAUUGGGUUCUACUGGGUGUCUGCUGGAGGACAAGCUUUGGCACAAGACUCCCCUCAGCUUUACUGGCUUUGCAUAAUCUAUCUUGGUUUUGAUGUGUUCUUUGUGGUAUUCUGUGUUGCUCUGGCAUGUGUGAUUGGCAUCGCGGUGUGCUGUUGUCUUCCUUGCAUUAUUGCAAUCUUAUAUGCAGUUGCUGAUCAGGAAGGAGCAUCCAAAGAAGAUAUAGAUCAGCUUGUAAAGUUUAAAUUCCGAAGGGCCAGCAAUAACGAGAAGCUUGCUGAUGAGGAUCAAGAAACUCCUGGUGGAAUAAUGACAGAAUGUGGCACUGAUUCUCCAAUUGAGCAUGUCCUUUCCCAGGAGGAUGCAGAAUGUUGCAUAUGCCUAUCUUCUUAUGACGAUGGGGUUGAGCUAAGGGAACUACCCUGUGGACAUCACUUUCACUGCACCUGCGUAGACAAGUGGCUUCACAUCAAUGCCACAUGUCCUCUCUGCAAGUACAACAUUCUGAAGAGUGGCCGGCAAGACAGGGAGGAAGUAUAAACUGCAACAAAGGGUUUGAAAAAUCAGAUCUUUGCACAUAUUGCGGCCAUUAUGCAGGAGUUGUUGACAUUCUUACAUACUGUUCGUAGACCAAUCAGUCAUCAACGCACAACAAAAUCAUCGAGAGACUCGAGCUCAAACUGGAUUUCCUUGCUACCUUCUCUUUGUGUGCUAUCCCUAGUGUCUAGUGUUGAUGAUCAGAGGCCACCUGCAUUGCUGAAAUGGUACUUGCGUGUGUUUAUUUAUCUUUUUUUCUUCUUCUCCCGUGGAGGUCUCAGUAGUGAACAGUGAUGUCUCUUUACUGUUGGAGGUCGCUUGAUUGAUUCUUGGCGUUCGCUUAGUCAUAGUACUCGUUAGAGGCAAUAACAUAGCCAUAUAUAUCAAUAUAUGUGUAAUUCUCCUUUAGGGUUUCCCUCCAUGUUUCUUAGCGUGUGCAAAUUUUGUUGUUGUAUAGAGAUGGAUUUCUUCUUGCAGGAAUGAAUUUUUACAUGUUCCCCUGUGCCCUUACGGGCUACUGGGAUAGAACAUAGAACAGGUUGGUUUUUGAAAUUCUAACAAAAACUUCUGAUGAAAAAGCAAGGUGCUAAACAACGUAAGGAGCUCUCGAGACUUUGGCUAUGGUGCUGACUUUGGGCGAUCCAGUGCUAUUGGCUCGCCCUCUUGUGCAUUACUAGCCGUUAGAUCGAAUGCACAAG